CAGCCGCAGCCAUGAGUAUGCUCAGGCUUCAGAAGAUGCUUACCUCUAGUGUCUUCGGCUGUGCCAAGAAGGUCUGGUUAGACCCCAAUGAGACCAAUGAAAUCGCCAAUGCCAACUCCCGUCAGCGGAUCCAGAAGCUCAUCAAAGAUGGGCUGAUCAUCUGCAAGCCUGUGACGGACCAUUCCCAGGCUCGAUGCCAGAAAAACACCUUGGCCCGCCAGAAGGGCAGGCACAUGGGCAUAGGUAAGCGGAAGGGUACAGCCAAUGCCCGAAUGCCAGAGAAGGUCACAUGGAUGAGGAGAAUGAGGAUUUUGUGCCGGCUGCUCAGAAGGUACCAUGAAUCUAAGAAGAUUGAUCGCCACAUGUAUCACAGCCUGUACCUGAAGGUGAAGGGAAAUGUGUUCAAAAACAAGCAGAUUCUCAUGGAACACAUCCACAAGCUGAAGGCUUACAAGGCCCGCAAGAAGCUCCUGGCUGACCAGGCUGAGGCCCGCAGGUCUAAGACCAAGGAAGCAUGCAAGAGCCAUGAAGAGCACCUCCAGGCCAAGAAGGAGAUCAUCAAGACUUUGUCCAAAGAGGAAGAGACCAAGAAAUAAAACCUCCCCCUUUG